AUGGGAUUUUUCAUUCAAGAUCUUCAUCGACAAAUCGAACAAUUGCAUACAGAAGCACAUAAAACUUCAAAGAUGAUUAUUUAUCGAGGUCAAGGAUUGUCUAAUGAUGACUUUGAAAAGAUUAAGAAAAGCGAAGGUGGUCUUCUUUCUUUUAAUAAUUUUUUAUCAACAAGCAUUGAUCAAGAUGUUUCAUAUAGUUUUGCUGAAAGUGUUGGAGAUAAUUCUUAA